AUGGAAAUUCAUACUGACCCAGUUAAUGCCUCUCUCGACAAUAUCCCUACAGCUUCUGUGCUUUCAGAAAAUCUUUGGUCUAAAAAAUCAAUCAUAGAAUCAGAAAAUUCAAAAACUCCAAAUCUAAUAGAAAAAUCUGGCUGACUUCAAAAGAAAUCUUCCCAUUUAAUAAAAAGAUGACAGUGAAGAUUUUUCGUGCUUAAAGAUCACAAACUAUUAUACUUUCACAGCCAGACCGAAAGAUUGCCAUCUGCUACAAUAAAUUUUAAUCAAGUCACAAUCAAUAUCCAAGUUUUAGAAACCAAAAAUAGCCCAGAAUUAAUUUUAAUACCACUGAACUCAAAAAGAAUUUUUCACCUACGAGCUUCUUCAAUGGAUGAAAUUUUGCCUUGGGCAACUGCAAUAAUUCAGCAUAUUGAGCAUUCUAAAGGAAAUUUACAUACUUUAUCCCAUAUCAGUUCACAAAAGAAGUUUUGAAGAAUUGCUCGGAUUUCACAUCAAGAAUUUUUAGAUGAAGCAAGCAGUGGAGAUAUUUUAUUAUUUCAAAGCAAAAGUCUCCCAUCUACAAUUCAAAGAAAGCUUGUAGGGAGUAAAUACGAUCAUGUUGCGUUAAUUAUAAACCUUAAAGGAACAAUUAUGAUAUUAGAAGCAACAAGGGUGCUAGGUGUAAAUGUUCUUGUAUGAGAUGAAUUUAUUGAUAAAAACUGGCACCUUUUAUAUUCAAAAAUUGUUUAUAGAAAACUAUCUGUGGAAAAUCCAGAAAAAGUCCAUGACAAAAUUGCUGAAUUUUGUGAUGAAGUCGUCGGUAAAAAAUUUAGAUUUAAAUUAACAAAAAGAAGAAAAAAAAAUAACGGGCAAGGACAAGAAGGCUUUUUUUGCUCGGAAUUAGUAGCGGCAGCUUAUCAAAGGAUUGGAAUAAUGAAGAGCGAUGUAAUUCCGUCUUAUUUUUGGCCUUCAUAUUUUGCGGAUGAUAAAAAGCUGCCUUUAAUUGAUUGUGCAUUAUCUCAGGAAUUUAUUAUUGAUUUUGAUCUGUAG